AUGACAACCAAUUGUACCUCUCAUCACACCUUGCCUCUUGUUAUGGCUUCAUCAGGGGACCAUCUUUUGUGGAGUCAAGAAGAUAUCUGGGUUGGCAAGAUUCUUCCCUAUUUGGGGAUGGGGCAGUUUGCUUUUGUUGGAUGCAUCAACAAGCACAUGAACAAACUUUACCGGGAAUAUUGCAUCUCUGUUGAGGAUCCUCCAGUUAUCCCAAAAACCCAUUAUUAUGAUAGCUUUCGCUUAGCAACAAGCAAUGAUACCUUCUUCAGUGCAGCAUUCUACAAUGUGGCGUGUGCUGAGUACUGGUAUGCAUCCAAACAUGAUCUUGCAGGUUUCACAGCAAUUCCCAAGGUUGGGAAUCUUGCUGUCAUGCAGUGGGUCUACAAGAAGGGCUUUUCAUUGUCUAAACAUGAUUGUUCUUCGGCUGCCAGACAUGGACACUUGCAUGUUUUGCAAUGGCUACAGGCAAAUGGAUGCCCAUGUGAUUCAUACACUUGUGCACAGGCUGCUGAAGGUGGCCAUUUAGAAGUUUUGAAAUGGACCAGAGCCAAUGAUUGUCCUUGGCGUGAUGAUACCUGUUUGGGUGCAGCCAAAGGUGGCCAUCUGGAAGUCCAAAAUGGGCCAGAGCAAAUGGAUGCCCAUGGGCCAGAGCCAAUGGAUGUCCAUGGGAUGAAGAAACCUUUGCCAGUGCCAAGAGAAAUGGCCACUUGGAAGUGGCACGGUGGGCUUUUGACAAUGGCUGCCUUGGUUCUAUGGAAGAAGAGGAAACAGCAGCCAACACAGUUGCUUCUGCUAGUUCCGCCCCAUCCCGAAAAGGAAGAUGCCAGCAACUAUUUUAAUUUCUGGCUACCUGUAUUUGUCCUGCUGUGCAUGGUUCAGGGCCGCGCUGAUUAG